AUGGGGCGCAAAUUAUCUGAGAACAAGCACAGGAGGUGCUUAUGGUCUCCUGAAGAAGACGUAAAGCUCAGAAACUAUGUCCUCAAACAUGGCCAUGGUUUCUGGAGCUCCGUUCCCAUCAAUGCAGGAUUGCAACGGACCGGAAAGAGCUGCAGAUUAAGGUGGCUAAACUACUUGAGACCGGGGUUAAAGCGAGGGAUGUUUACGCCGCUAGAGGAGGAGAGAAUCCUCACCCUUCAUCGUUUGAUAGGCAACAGGUGGUCCCAAAUUGCUCAACAUUUGCCCGGAAGAACAGACAACGAGAUCAAGAACCACUGGCAUUCAUUUUUGAAGAAAAGAAAAGCUGAAGAAUCGGGUUCCCGGCCCACCAGGAGCCGAUGCACCAGUACCUCAACCUCGGAAAACAAAGUAUCCAACUCGUCUCCUCAAAAUCACUCCGACGAAUCGCCACCAACCUACAAACCAAUUCCGCUUUUAUUCGCGGAGUGGCUAUCGCUCGAUCAAAAUAUUGUCGGGGGCUUUGCGGAUUCGAGUGAGCCGGCUGCCGCCUACGACGGAGUUAACCACGGUUCGGGUUCAAACUUACAGGAUCCUUUCGUGAACGCGUAUCUAUUAAGCGGAGGAGCAUUCGGCAGUGAGGCAUCAUCGCUAAAUGAAAUGUUCAGCUCGGAAUUCAUUGGUUCUUUGUCUGGGGAUGAUAUCUGUAGCGAUUUCAAUAUGAACAGCGAUUUAAUGUACGUAUAA